CCUUAACACUGACGUAAUGCUAAUGUCGUCUGCUAAGAUGUAACAAAAUGAUUUAUUGAAAAUAUAAUUUCAAAAAACAUUGAUCAAUAAACAAUAUAUCAAUUAUCGUUUAAAAGUUUCAAAUUAAGUACACAUUUUUUUAAUUUAGUGAAUAGAAACAUGAAGGAAUCUGAAAUGGAUACAAAAGGUGCAAUAAAGAAUCGAGAAGCUCUAUACAGAUUAAUAAUCAGCCAACUUUUCUACGAUGGUCACCAGACACUCGCUGUUCAGUUGUCGAAUACACUUCAAGCAGACCCACCAUGUCCUCCGUCAGAUCGUUUGUUUCAUUUAAUGUUAACUGGCAUGGCCCACGAACCAGAUCGAGCUAAAAAGGAAGUCGGAAGUAACUGCACUUUCUCCUCACUGGACAAUACAAUCGGUCCAGGUUUAGACUUGGAGUUCGAAACCGAAGCUCAGGUGCAAGCACCAGAACCCGCUCAAUAUGAAACCGCUUAUGUCACUUCUCACAAGGGCAAUUGCCGAGCGGGCGCCUUCUCCGCUGACGGACAAUUAAUUGCCACUGGAUCGGUGGACGCAUCGAUUAAAAUAUUGGACGUCGAUAGAAUGCUGGCUAAAUCGGCACCAGACGAAGUUGCAACUAGUGAUCAAACUGGAGGUCAUCCGGUAAUUCGAACAUUAUACGAUCAUCUUGAAGAAGUAACUUGCUUGGAGUUUCAUCCUAGAGAACCCAUCUUGGUGUCUGGAAGUCGUGACUUUUCCAUAAAACUUUUCGACUUUAGCAAGGCUAGUGUUAAGAAAGCAUUUCGCACAAUAACAGAUGCCGAUCAAAUUAGAUGCUUAUCAUUCCAUCCGACUGGCGACUUUCUAGUUGUUGGUACAAAUCAACCGGUCGUUCGAUUAUAUGACGUUAAUACUGCUCAGAGUUUUGUGUGCAGUAUUCCCAAUCACCAGCACACUGCAGGGAUUACUAGUAUUAAGUAUUCGCCAGACGCAAAAACUUAUGCUUCGGCAGGGAAAGAUGGAAGUAUUAAAAUAUGGGACGGUGUUUCCAAUAGGUGUAUAAAUACAUUCGUGAAGGCGCACGAUGGAUUCGAAGUGUGUUCCGUAGCCUUUACGAGGAAUGGAAAGUAUUUACUAUCGUCCGGAAAAGAUUCAUUAAUUAAAUUAUGGGAAUUAUCGACCAGUAGAUGUCUUAUAGCAUAUACCGGAGCUGGAACUACAGGUAAACAAGAACACAAAGCACAAGCUGUUUUCAAUCACACGGAAGACUACGUGAUGUUCCCAGAUGAAGCAACAACUUCUUUAUGUGCAUGGAAUUCUAGAAAUGCAUCCAGAAAACAAUUACUUUCCUUGGGACAUAAUGGACCAGUCAGAUUAAUUGUUCAUUCUCCGGUGGCUCCAGCAUUUUUAACUUGUAGUGACGAUUUUAGAGCUCGCUUUUGGUUCAGAAGAAUGCCUACUCACUAGUGUGGGUGAAACGUCAAAGUUUUCAAUACUAUCUUUCACUUUCUGUGUGAAUUAUUUAUUUUUUUACUCAUGCCCUUUUUGGGAUUUUGUCAAUUGGAGAAUUUCAAUAAAGAAAAUGGCGUAUAAACAUUUA